UUACAUCAUUUUUUUGACCGCCGGCUGGAAAGAACUGGAAAAGCAGCCUCACUCGAGUGCCGUUGUGUGAAAUUAGUACGCCGCAGCUGUAGGACAAUCAAUCAACGACCGACAGAAGAUGCCGGCAGUCGAUCCAGCGCCCAAUCACCACGAGAACGGCAAAGAACCGGCACCAUGUCGAACGUGCAUGGAUUUCAAAUCCUGGUCCAAGCAGCAGCGCAAAACCAUGACCACCGCAAGUAGCCCGGCCACGGCGGCCAGCAAGUCUUCGUCCGAAGUAACGCACAGGAAGGUGGACGGGCCGGAAGAUCGGACGGCCGGUCCGCCAGCAAAUUGCCCGCUCGACAAGGAGCAGCUCGGCCAGCAGACCUGGGGAUUACUACACACGAUCGCCGCCUACUACCCAACGACACCGACCGAGGCGGAGGAAAGAAACGUGCGGACGUUUUUCACCAGCUUCUCCAAGCUGUACCCGUGCGAGUAUUGUUCGAAGGAUUUCCAGCAAGAAUUGAAAGAGAUGCCGCCGGAAACGAAAUCACAGCAUGCACUGUCUCAGUGGCUCUGCAGGAUACACAAUCGCGUGAACGUGAAACUUGGAAAACCGGAGUUCGACUGCUCGAAGGUGAAUGAACGGUGGCGAGACGGCUGGUUGGAUGGUUCCUGUGAUUAAGCACCAGAUUCGGUUGCCCCACGUUUGUUUUUUUCUUAAGUAGCUACGUUACAUGUACAAACAAAUUAUUGUAUUUCAUUGUAUCAUCCCUUUAAACUAAGCAACCAAUCGUACAGUAUCGUUCUCGACC